AGCCGGCCAUGGUCAAUGAUGGCCACCAGCUGGACUUCUGCGACGUCUUCGGAGGCCCACCGCGCAGCACUACCAAUAAUAUUCUCCUCCGCCGUCAUUUCUCCGGCGACUUUGGUAAAACCGCCCCUGCCCCUGCCACUGCUGCUGGUAUUAGCUCGGGAGCUACCAAUUUUUAUGAUGAGAUCUUCUGCCGACACCCCGGGUCUCAUUGUCGUCAUCAUUGUAUGUCUGAUCAUCCUAAUCCUGAUUCUAAACAAGGAGGCAGCAGGUGUUCUUCUUCUGUACGACCCACAGCGGGUUGUUCUGAACUUCACUCUAGGAUGAGAAAUAGAAGAAUCAGCAGUAGCAGAUCGUCAAUUAGAGGAGGAGGUCGUUAUCUUCCUGGAUUCAACAUACCAUCGUCGUCUUGUAUGACACGGGGGAACACAAGUACACCCGCAGGAGCAGCAGGAUUACUGGUGCAGACAGAGGAGGGAUUUUACGAUGACAUAUUUGGAUCAUGCAGCAACAUGAAUGGCAAUGGAGGUAGGAGCUCAAGGACCUGCCCAUGUCUCAUUUGCAGAUCGUCGACCAAGUCUUUUAAGCCAAUAUCCAAGUCUGGAUCAAAAUCAAAAUCAAAGGCUUCCCGCGGUUCUUCGACAAUAUCAGUUUUGAGCUCCGAUCAGGAUAUUGAACUGAUCAUGCCUGGAGUUUAUAAUCACCACCGUGAGGAGGAGGAGCAAGAUGACCAGGACGCUGUUCUCGAUUCCUUUGCUUCCAAGCUCAGGCCCAUCACGAUCCCAAGAAGAAGCAGAGCAAGCGGAUACGAUGAAUGUGAUACCUCAGCACCAUCGACAGUAUUAGUGUCAGCAGGUGUAGUCAGAGACACAAAAGAAGAAGAUGAUAAAGAUGAUGAUGUAGAAGUGAGCAGCAACAGGACAUCCACGACCUUCAUGGGGUUGUCAUCAUCAGCGUGCUCACUGCUUCAGCAGCCACUGCCUUCAUCAGACCACCACGCUAAAGGAAGCCCUUUUGAUGCCAAUUCAUUCCCACACUACUACUGCUACCACCAGCAACGCCGACCUGGGUUUUGUCCAUCUCCUGAUCAUCAUCAGACAACUAUUGCUAAUAGUAAGAUUACAUUAAUAAGUGAAAUGUACGAUUUUGCUCCCGGGUCUCCAGUCUCUUCAGUCGUAUCUUCCUUAUAUCUUGAGCCCCUGCCGAGAAAUGCGGUUCAAGCUCAUACCCAGAGAACCACCGCAGAGAACAAAGCAGCAGCAGAAGAACGAGGAGGAGAAAUUGUUGCAAGCAUAGUGGGUGACGAGUGUGAUAAAGAGAGUGAUAGGUCAUUAAGCAUCAAAGUGACUGAGGAUGAUGAUGAGUAUGGAGGAGAGUACUCCAGCAGGAGGAGGCGAGAAAUGAGGGAAACAGAGGGAGCAACCGCAGUGGAUGAAGCUAUUGCUUGGGCAAAGGAGAAGUUUUGCAGCGGAUCUUCUGCUGCUGCUGCUGCUGCUGCUGCUGCUGGCAUCAACAAGUAAUGCUACAACUCGCUAGUUACGUGGAUGCAUGUACGUGUGUGAGAGCAAGCAAGUGAAGGAAUUAUAUCUAUAUGUGCAUUUGGGACUUUAUUACAACUUAAGUCAUGAGUUUCAUUUGAUUUUAAUGAACCUUGUAAAUCCGUAAUGUAGCUAAUAGGCUAGUAAUUGCAAUAUAUGAGGGAUUUAAUUA